AUGGAUGAAUGGGACCCUCGUCAAGAUGACUUUAAGUGUGAAAAAUUUAACACAUAUGAUCGAGGCCCUGGACAGUUUUUACCAAGCAAAAUCGAGAGAAGUAAAUCUGAAGGUAUUCAGCUUUACAUCAGUGGCAUUCCGAAUGAUCUGACAGAAGAAGGCUUAUACAACCUGUUUUCUCAAGCAGGUGAAUGUCUUCGUUUGAAGAAAUGUGUUUCUAAAAACCCUGAUGCUGGAGAUACUUAUGGAUUUGUUACAAUGUUAUCAGUAUCUGAUGCAGACAGAGCUCUUUCCAGAUUUAAUAACUUCAAUAUUGGCCGCUUUCGUAUGCGGGUUAGAAUAGCUAUUUCUGAAGAGGAAAUGAAGAAACGCAAAGAAAAGAAACUGGAGGAAGAAGAAUUCAUCAAAUCUUUGCCAAGUCAGAGGCAACAAGUAAAAAAAACAGGAACGAGUUCAGACACAGAUAACUCAUCUGGAGGUCAAACGAAGGUCAGUAUGAAUAGCAAAGGGAAGCAAAGAAACAGGCACGACAGGAGCAAUGGUCAUAUAGAUAAGGCCAGUGCACAGCAUUAUCCUAUGCCCAGCAGCCAUGAGGCCCAUGGUGGUUAUCCAUUUGAAAGGGCUGAUGGAUUGGCUGCAAGAGGGAUGGGUUUACUUGGUGAAGUGCCAAACAGUCCAUAUUACCAUCAGGCAUACUCAUACGAUCCAUCAGGUAUAGUCGGUAAUACUUAUCACUAUGGCAACAAUGGCAGGACGAUGACACAUAUAUGGGGCACAGCUGUAUAUGACAGACAAGAGAAUUUCAUGCAAGGUCAAGGGAGAGGUUACUAUGGAGGACAAAGAAGGGGACGUGGAGCUCAACAUCACUACCAAGAACCUUACAUCAAUGACUUUCAGUAUCAGGGUGUCUACGGACCUGACUAUAUGGGUGGCUAUGGGCGGGGUCAUGCACAGGGACCACUCCACUUCAGUCCAAUGGAUAGCUACCAAGGAGCUGGACGGGGACACUACACAAACAAACACCAUAUGGGUUAUGGACGUGGGCAGUCCUCUACCAACCAAACCUUUAGAGGUGCUAGACGAGGGGGAUACUUUGCACAAAAUUUCCACAGUCCUGUUCCUCACCACAGCAGCAUGGAAUCUUUAAACUCAGUGUCAAGUACAGCACAGAACAAACAAAAGAAGGAAACACGCCCAUGUGCUCUCUGUGAAAAACCAGGGAGCUACCGAUGCAGCAGAUGCAAGACAUCCUAUUGUUCUGAAAAUUGUCAGAGAAAACACUGGGAUGUUCACAAGGAUAUGUGUCAUGAAACAGAGACCCUGCAAAAGAAAAUGGAGAAAGAAGAUGAAGACUUCGGUGAGAUAACAAUAGGGGAGGAUUUGAUAGAGAAAAUGGUCGCUGGAGGUGCCCUUGAAAAAGUUGAAGUGAAAAAUAUGCCAACGAAAACACCUCAGACUGCAAAUGGCAAGUCAGGAAAGCAAUCAAAACCACAAAAAAUUUCUCCCAAAUCAGUAAAGUCACCUAGUAGUAAGGAGAAGUCUUCAAUCUCAAAGGCAUCACCACAACAACAAGAGAGAGAGGAAAAAGACAGCAAUGGCAGAGCACUUUCCAAUUCUUCAAUUGAUAUGGUUCCACUUCAAGUUAAGAGACGUGCAGCGGACACCAAAGAGCCCAUUGUCAAAAUGCCUCCUUCACCUCCAGCACCAAAGCAAGUUCGAGGGAAAGCCUUUAAGAUUUCAGAACUUCCAACUGGCUUAGAUAUUCAGGUUUUGGUAUCAGAAGUAGUGGAUCCACACCUGAUUUGGCUCCAGCUACACUCUGAAGAAAACCACCAGGCUCUGUCCGAGUUGAUGACCCAAAUGACAACUUUAUAUGACAAAGAGACAAAUGCACAUGUAGCUUGCCCAGUAGUAGGUGAUGCAUAUGCUGCUCAGUUCAGUUUAGACAAUAAAUGGUACAGAGCUAAAGUGGAAGCUUUUCAGGGGUCAGAUGCCGUCAAAGUGACCUACUUAGACUUUGGAAAUCAGGAAACUAUGGCACUCACCAGACUUCGUCAACUUAAAGACAGCAUGGUGGCACUACCAGCUUUGGCUGUUAAAUGUAGCUUGGCGGAUGUGAGCCCACUGAAGGGAGAAUGGGGAGAUGCUGUUAAUGUUCUAAAAUCCCUCAUUCCUGCAACGCUAGAAUCAGCAGUGAUUUACACUGUUAAAGCACAAUCUAAAGAGGGAGACUAUUACAUAGUGGACAUGUUGGAUAGAAAUGGUGAAAAUGUCAGAGAAAAACUUGUACAAGCUGGAGUUGUGAAAGUUUCUCAAGGAUCAUCACAAGCAGCUGAAUCUGUUUCUAGCCCAAUUCUUUACAGUUCACUUCCCCUGAAUGAAAAAGUCAAAGUGCUGACAAUGGAUGUGUCAAGUCCUGGUGAAAUCUGGGUUCAGGAAGGGAAUAUUAAAAAAGUAGAACAUGGAUUAGCAAUCACAGACGAUCUCAAUAAAAAAGUAAAUGAACAGAAACUGAACCCUGUCACAGAGGUGAAGCCGGGUGAAAUGUAUGCGGCUUACAGCGCAAAGGAUAUCGGCUGGUAUCGUGCUCGUGUGGAUUCCCUUAGAGAUGAUGGAACUGUCAAUGUUACCUAUGUAGAAUUUGGCAACAAGGAGAAUGUCUCGCUGUCACAAAUGAAAGAACUGGACUCGGCAUUAAAGUCUGAACCUCUAACUGGAGUACAUUUGGUGUUGCAUGGUAUUGCACCCCUUCCAGGAGAAACAACAUGGAGUGAUGAUGCUAUAACUACACUCAAGGAAUUAGUGUUGUUGUCUGAUGUGUCCAAAAUCUCUUACAUUGCUGAGGCUGUGGGUCGCAAUGUCUCCUCUACCCUGGUCAGGAUGACCGAUAACGAAGGCUGUGAUAUCGCUGAUAAACUGGUAGAAGUUGGUGUUGUCAGAACAAAUGUUGCUUCUACCUCUACAAAAACUGCUGCAUCUCCAAAACAAAGUGAUGCAUCCAAAACAGAAUUGAAAAAAAUAUCUAUAAUGGCCAAAAGCCUCGGUAGUGUAGCUGAUAAACUCGCUCCUAAUGAUGUAGUUGCCAUCAUGAUUACCGAUGCCGUCUCUCCUGUCAACUUUGUGAUACAACUCAACCAAGAAAGUCUAAUACGACCGUUUGCUGCCUUUAGUUCAAAUAUCAAUACAGCUAUGCAAGAUGUUCAAAUUGGCUACAAGCCCAAGCAGGUUGGUGAGCUGAUACUAGGUUUGUAUGAGGGAAGUUGGUACAGAGCUGAGGUCAUCAGCCUCACUGACAAGGAGGCAGAAGUUUGCUUCAUUGAUUUUGGCAAUAGUGAGAGGAAAGAAUUCUCAGAGUUAUCAGCAGCCAUCGAAGUCUGUGGUUCAUUGCCAGCCCAGUCUGUUAAAUGUUGUUUACAUGGAGUUACUGCCCCAGAUGUUUGGCCUCAGGAAGUCCUUCAGAGUUUUGCAGAAUUGAAAGAAAGUCCACUAGAAGCAGAAUUCAAAUGUAUGGUGAAAGAUAUAGCCAUGAUUGAUAUAAUGGUUGGUGAUGAGGGGAUUUCGGCUGCAGCAGUCAUCAAUCAGGUACUAGAAAACAUAAAAUCUGGGACUGAACCACAAGUCUCUACAGUACCCACUUCAGUUCAGACAGCAAAUCAUGAAGUUGGGUCGAGUCCAGUGUCAGACACUAGGCCUAUUAUGGCUUCUGAUGUUUCCAUGGAAACACUACCAUUUACAAUUGAAGAAGCGGUUGUUUCAUCCAUUGUAGACUUCGAGUCUUUUUACAUUCAACUUCUGAAAUCUGAGAGUGAAAUUGCAGAAGUACAGCAAAAUAUGUCCGUUUAUUGUGAUACAGCAUGUCCUUACACUCCAGUUGAAGGUGAGCUGAUUUGUGCUAAGUUUUCAGCAGAUAAACAGUGGUAUCGUGCUAAGGUGAUAGACGUACUGGGUGAAGAUCAGUUCACUACGCAGUUUGUUGAUUACGGUAACUGUGAUGAGGUUAACAAAGACAGUAUCAGGAAACCGAUUCCCUCCCUUAAGUCUCUACCCUGUCAGAGUAUUCAUUGCAAACUUCAGGAUGUUACCAAUGAAGGCCAGUCUCAAGACACGCUACAGGACUUUGCUCAACUGGUCAGUGGCUGUAAAGUCCAGGUAGAGGCAAAGCAAAUUGACAAUGGUGUGUACUCUGUACUCCUUACCACUGCUGAGGGAGUGGACAUCAAUAACAGGUUUCAGGUGGAAAGAGCCUCAAGUCACCAACUCUCUCCCCAUCCUCACGAACCGAGGACAAGCAACAUUAAACUCUCUGAGAUAACAAGGUUUGAACCCAAGGAGAGAAACUUUGAAGUGAUAAUAACAUAUGUUGUAACUCCUGAAGAGUUCUAUUGCCAGCUAACGAAUCAAGAAAGCAUUCAAGCCUUGUCACUGUUGCAGCAGAAUAUUAUGUUACAUUGUGCAAUGGAGAAUACCAACCCAGAAUUUAGACCAGAAGUUGGAGAGCUCUGUUGUGCUCGGUUUACUGACCUGUCAUGGUACAGAGCUGUUGUCAUGAAGAUUUUCCAGGACGACACCCUGCUUGUUCAUUUUAUUGAUUUUGGAAACUCAGAGAUUGUAGCAAGAGAAACAGUGCGACCAAUUUCACCAGAGUAUACUGAGCUUCCAAUAACAGCUUUCAAAUGUUCCCUACAUGGAGUGAUGCCAAUAGGCAAAACAUGGUCUAAAGAGGCUUCAGAUAAGCUUUGGACUUACUCUGGUCCCAGACUUAUGAUUGAGAUCUUUGACAAGGUUGGCGAUUUGCAUAUUGUGGAUUUGAGUGCGGAGGACAGUAAAGUUUCCGAUAACCUGGUUGAUUCUGGAUUUGCCAAUAGGGCUCAGGCAGAGGCAGCUGAUGAGGCAGCCAGCAUUCAAGAGCAAAUUGCUGCACUUCAGGCCCAACUGCUUGCUAUAAAGAAAAAGGAAGGUUAGAGGUAAAUAACUGGCUUAAAGCAUCAUGCUUACUUUGGAAAAAAAUAAACAUACGUGGUAAAUGAAGGGAGAGGAACAGUCACCAAACUGUUAAAUAUCAAAGUUCUGCUGGACCUGCAGUAAGAGAUAAUUUCAGCAAGACAUCGGAUGUUUGUCGAGAUGGAGACAAUUUCAGCAAGAAAUCGGAUGUUGGUCGAGAUGGAGAUAAUUUCAGCAAGACUGAUGUUUGUUGAGAUGGACACAAUUUCAGAAGGAAAUCUGAUGUUUCUCGAGAUGGACACAAUUUUAAAAGGAAAUCUGAUGUUUGUGGGUCAAAGAUCUGGUCUUAAAUAUGUUAUCCAUUAUGUGUAUUUAAAAGGUGAACAUACUGAUGUCAGUUUCAUAGGUUUAUAACAGUGCGCUUAUCUACCCCUCAUCAUUUUUCCUUCUCCUGUGUCCACCCCUUGGUGCAUUUUUAAGAUAAAAUCACCUUGUGAUUUUCACCACUUGAUGUAUUUUAAAGACAAAAUCACCUUGUGUUGAAUUCAUAUACCAAUACUUAUCAAUCCUAGUUUGUAUAUAUAUAAAAAAAAUUUGAA